AUGCGGUUCACCAACUCGGCUGCAGUGGCAGCAUUCCCUCCUUUCGUGGCCCAUCUAGUGAAUGCGGCGCCUUCGAAAGUCGAGAUUGCUACCUUAGGCGGCGCGGCCUUUCGGAUCGAACAGAUGCCCAACCCGGACUUCUACUACGGAUCUCGACGAGGGCCCAUCGCUUUGGCCAGAGCCUAUUCCAAGUUCGGACAACAGAUCCCAGAUAAUCUCCUCUCGCUUAUCGACCAGAUUCUCGAGGAACUUGGGUUGUUGGAUAGGGGUAGUGGUAAGCACAAUGGAGGUAAGGGGAAGAUGCAUGGAGGCAAGGGCAAAGGAAACAGCACAAUGACGCCAGGGGGGGCGGAGGCAAUAAGGGCAACGGCACGAACACCCCUCCCAAAGGUAAGUAGUUCAUGGGUUCAUAUACGCUUGCGUCUCAGUCAAGCUCACAAUCAUCAAGGAGAGGUCGCGGCGAUCCCUGCCGAGUUCGACAGCCAGUAUCUCUGUCCCGUACAGAUUGGCACGCCGCCUCAAACGCUGAACCUGAACUUCGACACCGGAUCGUCGGAUCUCUGGGUUUUCAGCAGCGAGACACCAGUAACUGAGGUGGUAGGACAGACCAUAUACAACAUCAACGCCAGCUCCAGCGCCAAGGCCUUGCAGGGUGCCUCGUGGUCCAUUUCCUACGGGGACGGCAGCUCGUCGCAAGGCAACGUCUACAUGGACACCGUCACCAUUGGCGGCGUGACGGUUGAGAACCAGGCCGUCGAAGCAGCAACCCAGGUCUCGGCAUCCUUUUCCAGAAACGCCAACCAGUCCGGACUGGUUGGUCUCGCCUUUGGGACCAUCAACACCGUGAAACCGGCCAAGCAAAAGACGUUUUUCGAGAACGCCAUGAACAACCUCGCGACGCCGCUUUUCACGGCGAAUCUCAAAAAGGGAGCAGCCGGCAACUACAACUUCGGCUUCCUGGACCCCACGGAGUUCACCGGGGAUAUACACUUCGUCCCCGCCAACACGACCAACGGCUUCUGGCAGUUCACCGCGCAGGGCUUCGCCAUCGGUUCCAACGGCAGCGCGCCGACCUCGGCGCCGCACGAGGCUAUUGCCGACACUGGCACGACGCUGAUGCUCCUGCCCGACGCCAUCGUCUCGGCGUACUACCAGCGCAUCGCCAGCGCCAAGUUCGACUCGACCAACGGCGGCUUCGUGUUCAACUGCAAGGACCAGAUCCCCUCGUUCACGGUCGACCUCGGCACAUACCAGGCCGUCGUCCCCCCCGACUUUAUGAUAUUUGCGCCCGUGGACGGGGAUACGGUCGAGACGUCGACGACGUGCUUUGGCGGGCUGCAGAGCUCCGCGGCGCUGCCUUUUGCGAUUUACGGCGACGUAUUUCUCAAGUCGCAGUAUGUCGUCUUCCACGGCGGCAACAACCAGUUGGGCUUCGCGACGAAGCCUUUGUAA